UGUUUUAAAUCGUCUGCAUUUUUUGCUACUUUUUGUUCCUCCUCCUUUCUUUUUGUUGUUAACUAAUUAAUUUAUUACCUGUUCAGACUUCUGCUUCUUGCCCUUCCCACUACGGUUCAUAUUCUGUGGCUGAUCUUAACUAGUAUUUUCUAUUGUAAUUCAUUGAUGCUCAGUGCAGACAAGCAAUCCCUUUUCCCCUGCCCCACCUCCUCCGCGGGUGGGCCGGUUGCUUUUUUUUUUUUUAAGUUGUUUCUUGAUGGCAUACAGAACCAGAGGAGUUGAAAAUAUUAAGUCAUUAGUAACUAAGACAUGCUAAGUUGCAUACAUAGUGGAUAGAUACUAAACAGUGUUUAUAUACAUUGAUCAGCAUACAGCCAAUCAAAGAUAAGAUUGUGUAUAGCAUGAUGUGGUUUAACGAACUUAUGUAUUAAAACUCCAUGACUGUGUUGAUAUAGCUCGAUCAGCCUGCAGUUCUUGUUUAUUUAUGAUUUCAGUAUUUUCUACAUUCUUAGGGAGACCUGAUAUAUAUGUCUUGGAAUUAAAGGUUGUCUUCUUAUGAACUCAAACGACGAUCUCCUUCAUUUUAUAAAGCUGGCAUAAACUCUUAAGGUUGGGAGCACUAUGAACACCUGAUCAGUUCUUGAGACAUUUAAAUAAAAUAAAAUAAAAAAAAAACUUGUAUGAAACAUCAACCUUGCCUUAUUCUGAUACUAUGCAUUCUUCUUGGGCCUAAAGGCCAGGGUAGAAUGCUCCAUUCUGAGGAGUUACAGAGUUUCUUGGGUGACAACAUUACUCUUUGCUAGUGCAAGAUCCACAUGUUGAUGCAUCAUCAUCACUUCUUUAAGCUGGUGUUGCUCCAACUUUGCUGAGAAGGGAAACGUUUCUGACAUUAUGAUGUCCUUGGCGGCAUCUCAUCUUAUAUAAGUUAUGUUGGCAAUUGAAUAGCAUUCUGAGUUUUUCUGCAAAGCUGAGAUUGAGGAUAGAAACAGCAGACACCAGAUCUAUGAGAAAUGACAGAAGACACUAGAUCUAUGAUUAAUGACAAGGUUGAGAAGCUCUCAGUUCCACCUGGUUUUGUGUCGCUGUCGUCCUUCACACUGAAGAAUUUAUCAAGUAAUGAAGUGGCAUGUUCUUCGAUGGCAGUUGGGGAUGCGUUUCAAACAGAGCUAAGCCCAGUGGGCUUUACCCCCACCAUGGACAAUAUUGCAAUGUUCAAGAGUAAUCUCAGUCAUAGACCAUGGAUUCUUUAUAAUCAAUUUGAUUACAAGUCAAAUGAAUCUGAUUCUGAACUUGAAAUGAAUUUUCCCUUGAGAGCUUGCCUGCCUAAAGGAGUGGUCCGAGGAUGUUCAAGUUGUCCUAAUUGCCAGAAGGUUAUUGCUCGGUGGCAUCCUGAAGAAUCUCAUAGGCCUGUACUUGAAGAGGCACCAGUAUUCCAACCUAGUGAAGAGGAAUUCAAGGAGUCACUUGAAUAUGUUGCAAGAAUACGUCAAAAAGCAGAGCAGUUUGGAAUAUGCCGAAUUGUUCCUCCCCCAUCCUGGAAACCACCAUGCCUUCUCAAAGAAAGGAAUAUAUGGGAGACUUCUAAAUUCAAGACCCAUAUUCAACUGGUUAAUGACCUUCAAGAUCAAGGUAUAAAGAGAAAUCUGGAUAGAAGUCACAAGGAGGCAAAAAUUAAGAGGAGGAGAGUUUGGAUGAGGAGUUCUGGAGAUGGAUCUUUGAAUGAAAUCUCUACAGAUGCUAAUGAAGCUCAAUCUCAGGCUGAGAGCUUCAUAUCCAAAUUGGGGCCCGAGUUGACUCUAGAAGCUUUCAAUCGGUAUGCUGAUGAUUUUAAGAGGCAGUACUUCUGUAAAAGGGAAAAUGCUAUAAAUUCAGAUGCUAACUUGACCGCGCAUGAAGAUGGAUGGGAGCCAUCAGUUGAAAAUGUAGAGGGAGAAUAUUGGCGGAUAAUUGAAAAUCCAAUUGAAGAAAUUGAGGUUCUUUGCUGUGCCAACGUUGAAACCGGAGGAUUUGGAAGUGGGUUUCCAGUACAUUCUAAUUCAAUGGGAUUACCAAAUUAUCCUGAAUAUCGCGACUCAUGUUGGAACUUGAAUAAUAUUUUCAAGCUUCCUGGUUCACUCCUUGGUUAUGAAAAUCGUCAAGCUUCUGCAGCUUUACUGCCUCAUCUUUCCACAGGGAUGUGCUUUUCCUCUGUUUGUUGGAAAGCUGAAGAGCAUCAUAUGUAUUCCCUUAGUUACAUUCAUUUCGGUUCCCCUAAAAUAUGGUACGUCAUCCCAGGAGGAUAUUGCUACAGGUUUGAGAGAGUUGUCAAGAAGCACCUCCCGCAUUGUCUUGAGCAUCCUGAAUUGCUGUAUAAGAAUAUCUCUCAACUUUCCCCUUCUACCUUAACAGCAGAGGGCAUUCCUGUCUAUCGCUGCGUCCAAUAUCCGGGGGAGUUUGUUGUUACGUUCCCUGCAGCAUACCAUUCACAAUUUGACUCUGGUUUCAAUUGUUCUGAGACUGUUAAUUUCGCUCCUUUUGACUGGUUGCCUUAUGGUCAGCAUGUUGUAGAAAUGUAUUGUGAGCAAGGUAGAAAGACAUUGAUUUCUCAUGAUAAACUGCUUCUUGGUGCUGCCAUGGAUGCAGUGAGGGAAAAGUGGAAAUGUGAACUGCUUAAAAAGAAUGCAAGUGUUUGUGGAAAGGAUGGGAUCCUAACAAAAGCACUCAAGUUACGGGUCAAACAGGAGGCCAUCAGGAGAGAAUAUCUUUGCAGGGGUUUACAGUUGCAAAAAAUGGAGGAUGACUUUGAUAGCGACAAAAGGGAUUGUAGCACAUGCCUCUAUGAUCUACAUUUUUCUGCCAUAGGGUGUUCAUGUUCACCAGGCAGAUACGCAUGUCUGCUACAUGCAAAGAACCUCUGUCCUUGUCAUUGGACUGCCAGAUAUCUCCUCUAUAGAUAUGAGAUCUCUGAGUUAAAUCUCCUGGUUCAAGCUUUGGAAGGGAGGUUGGACGCCAUUUAUCAUUGGGGUAAAAAGAAACUUGAUUUACGGGUGAGUUCUGAUGACUUGAGGGAGUUGAGGAACCGUGGCGAAGUGUCUGCUUCUGUAAAAUCUGCAGCAACCAGCACUUUAUCUCAACUUCUGGGGCCAAAAGAACUAGUGACUGGACAGGUAUGUAGAAAGGAAGAAGAGGAGAAAUAUGAUUUACAGAGAAUUUCUGCUGGUAGCGGUAGCAGGCAAGAUACUCUGGAAUGUAUAGACCCAAACUUUGGCAACAUAACUUCUAAGAAAGGAAAAUUUGGCAAAUCUCAAACCGUUCAAAAUGAAGUUAUUGUUCUUAGUGAUGAUGAGGAGUGAGUGGGAAUGGAUGUAUGCAGAACAGUGGUCCCAAUGGUCGGAUUUAGGGAGCAAAUCUGUAUACCUGAUUUAAAAUGUUAUAGAGGUAGCUUGCCAUAUCUUUGUUUGAGGUUGGCAACGUGAUAAAGAAAUGCAGCGUGUGGUGCUUGGAAGAAGUCUUGAGGUUUAUCUGAUGAGCGGUUUGCAUCUGGUGGGAAGUGAGAAGGAACUCUUUUCUAUGGUCCGUUGAGCAUGCUUGCUUGACAUGUCCAGAAAAGCAAUUUGCCAAAGGGAGAUUCCGGAGUGAGUUCACUGCAGAGAUGGGAUGACAUGAAACGGAAGCAACCAAAUUGUUCGGGGGAUGUUCGUUUACUUUAAAUCACCUUCUUAUUUGGUCUUCGCGUAAAUAAAUUUUUGGUGGGUGCACGUGCGUAUAUCCUGGUGAGAAGCUUUUUAUCCGUUUCAGGAAAGAGCUAUAAAUCAGUGACAUUGAACAACUGAAAGGAACAGAAAUUUAUUUUCCAGGAAAAGAAAGACAAAAUGCUGGCUCAAAUUUCUUUGCUAAACAGAUAAUUUUCAUUUGAACAAUUGAAAGGAUAGUUUUGGUUUAGCAUUUUUUUUUUUUUUGGUAUUUUUUGGAAAGAUGGCUACAGCUAAUCCCAAUGCA